GGUAAGAGCAAUAUUGAAAAGCGCGUGGACUGGUCCAGGCUACCACGGCACCACCCACAAUUCUUUUAUAAAUUUCGAUUCUUUCGACCUCCCUGCUUCAUACCAACGCUAAACAAUAUCUUCCUCCCCUUUCUCAUCCUCAGUUUGCAUUUGCAAAGCUAAAGGCCAUGUCUCAGACCGUUGUUCUCAAGGUUGGUAUGUCAUGCCAAGGAUGUGUUGGAGCCGUUAAGAGAGUUCUGGGAAAAAUGGAAGGUGUAGAAUCAUAUGAUAUAGAUUUGGAGCAGCAGAAAGUGACUGUGAAGGGCAACGUUCAGCCUGAUGCCGUUCUGCAGACCGUGUCGAAGACUGGAAAGAAGACUGCCUUCUGGGAAGCGGAAACUUCUCCGGCAGAAGCCGAAGCAAAGCCUACAGAAACUCCAGCAGAGGCCGAAGCAAAGCCUACAGAAGCUCAAGCUGAAGGAGAGGCAAAGCCUGCAGAAGCUGAAGCAGAGGAGGCAAAGCCGAUAGAGGCUGUUGCCACGGCGUAAUCGGUUUCCGGUUUGCUCAUGGAUUGAGUGGAAUAUUAUUAGCUUUAUUAAAAGUUAAUGCAAAUUUUUAUGGAUUGUAGAAUAUAUAUACUUACCUCCCUUUAACACGGGAGCUAGAAUAAGUUGUUGGGGGCUUCUCAUGAUAUCU